AUGUCAGAAAUCUGGAUACUGGUGGUGUGUUUAAUCUUUUUACUGUUGUAUCCAGCUUUGGAAGAUAUUUAUCUACUAUAUAUAGAAAAAGUUCCGCCUGGACCAAUAUCCCUGCCAAUUAUUGGAGGACUCUACAAACUUCAUAGCUCUAAACCACAUCUUAAAUUACAACAACUGACAAAACAAUAUGGCGAAAUCAUGAGUAUAAGGUUUGGACCAUCAAGUAGUCGUACUGUAAUUAUACACAACACCAAAUUUGUACAAGAGCUUUACAAUAACCAAAAGGCUUUAGAUCGGCCUGAUCUUCCAUUUUUUGAAUUGAUAACACCUCAUGGAGCUGGAAUUGGUUCAAGACCUUACGAUAAGAUCUGGAUGCUUCACACAAGAAUCAUCAAACUAGCUUUACACAAAGUGUGUCAAAAUUCUCUCUCGGAAAAAGUUAUGAAAACCUUUGAAGUUUUAUUCAACAGAUUAAAUGAAAAAGGGAAUGGACCACAAGACAUUGGUUUUGAUCUAAAGCUAGCCUCACUAGAUAUCACAUCUUCUAUCUGCUAUGGUUUCCAUUACGAUGACUGGACAAGUGACCAGAUGAAUUUAUUACUGAAAGACCAUGAUAAAGCAAUGUCUGGGUUAAGUCCCUUUAACCCUAUCAACAUCUUUCCUUUCAUAAAGAAUUUACCGAUCAGACUGGUAAAGGAAAUAAAAGAUAUAACACAGAGAAGAGACGAACUGAAUCAGAGAAUUUAUGACAGGCAUGUUGAGAACUGCACUGGAGAGGUCCAUGAUGUGAUGGAUAUUAUAGUAGAUGUGAUGGAAAAUGGAUAUAAUACCAGCCAUAUUCCAGACUCUCAGAAGAAACAAAUGGACCUGAAAAGUCUCUUUAUGACAUUAACUUGUCUCUGUAUGGCAGGCAUUGAUAAUAUGCAGAGCAUAAUGCAAUGGAGUGUGCUUGUCUUAGGGAAACAUCCCAGUGUGGCAGAAAAAAUCUUCAUGGAGUUACAACAGACAGUUGCCAUGGAUACCUCAGUAACCACAGAAAGCAGACAACAUUUACCAUACACAGAAGCUUGUGUAUAUGAAAUAUUGAGAGUUUCCUCAAUAACUGGUUUAGGUGUGCCACAUAUAACAAGAGAAGAUAUUCAAGUUGGAGGAUACAAGAUAACUCAAGGAACACAGAUCUUUACCAAUAUCUGGCACAUACACAAUAACAGUCAUAACUGGACAGAUCAUGAAGCUGUAAAGCCAGAACGUUUUCUAGACAGUAAUGGACAACUAAAGCUAAAAAGUGAUGAAAUAUUCAAAAAUUAUCUCCCCUUUGGACUAGGCAAAAGGACUUGUACAGGAGAAGUGAUUAUACAGAAUGUAUUGUUUUUAUUUGUCAGUAACUUAGUACGAACACAAACAAUCAAAAUUGACAACCCUAUCUCUGAACUGAUUGGUAAUUGUGAUAUGAACCAUAAGCCGCCAGCUUAUAAUGUAACUUUAAACCCCAGAGUCAGCCAAUUCUGAAAUAGGUCAAGUUUCCAAUCGUGCAGCAAAUUUUUGUUACUUACAGACAGUGCAAUAUCGUAACCUUAAAGUGGUUAUGUAGUUAAAGUAAUCAUGGUAUGGUAGAUAGUUCUUUAAUAUUUUGUUUUGUACAAAAUUUAUUUAAUAUGUUUGAAAUUAUAUUUUUUAUUUUUUUUGGAAAAUGUUGAAAAAAUAUAGAUACAUGUAGCACUAGACUGCAGUGUUUGUGAAGUUUACAUGAAAAGCAUUCAAUGGAUAAACAGGAAUUAACAAUAACAAGAAUUUAAGCUCAAUUUCCAUUUAUAUAAUUUUAUAUUUUCAUUUUCCUCUUUCAUUCCUAUUCAACAUUUUUCAUAGUAGUCUUAUUAUCACGCCAGAAUCAAUUUUUGUUCAUUCCCCCCUCCGAACUAUUUUCAUUAUUAGAGAUUAAACACUCAAAUAUUUUUCAACAAAAAGUGAUUGGAUCAUUUCAUCAUAAAUUGUCAUUUCAUUUUCCUAUCCAUAACUCCACAUGCUGAUGUACAUGUACACAUGUAUAUUAAAAAACAAUGAGUUUUUAGUGCAGUACCUAUCACAUGAUGUUUGUAUAUAUAGAUUGUACCACUGCAUCAAAUGUGAUACAAUAAUUAAAUUAUCCACUCGAAACAGUUAAAUUUUCAAAUUUAAAAUUUAACUGACGAGAGUGGAUAAAUAUUGUUUUACACAAGAUUUGGUGGUGGAAUCUGUUUCUCUAAUGAUUUUCGAACAAUACACAGGCAAACUUAUUCCUUCUUUGCGACAGAUCUGCAAAAAGAUGUGUUCUUUCUAUGUGACGUCAUCAGACAUGGUCCCCUUUUUUUAUGCCGUAACAAUAGAAAAUUCAGAAGAAAACAAGAAAAUUCAACGUCAUAAUCCAAUUUAAACCAAUGACAAUGCAUGAAGAACUGAGAUGAAACAAAACACACCAUUU